UUCCCUUCUAAGCUUUAAUUUCUGAGUUUCUUAAACAUUUCCUUCGCUGUGUUCGAUCGAUCAAUCUUCCUUCAGUAUAAUGUCUAUUUCUCUUGUCAAUUUACUAAAUACAAUACACUUCUAUUUUCUACAACCUCUUCCUUGUUUUAGUGUUGAUGACAGAGAAAGAAUAAUGAUCGAAUCUUUGUGUAAGAAGCUCCGAUUCUUGCAAACCUUUUUGGAGCAUUCUCAGAAGAACAACAUCAACUGCCCAUCAUGGAGAGGCUUGGAGACAGAGAUCAGAGAUGUAGCUGCUGAAGCGGAGAGCAAAAUUGAAUUACAAUUAUAUCAACUCUACAACGAGGAAGAUGCCCCUGUUGAGCCUUGUGAGAGUCUUCAUCAGACCUUGCAACAAGUAACGGGAGACAUUGAAUCACUUCAACGGAGGAUUCGGCAGAUUGAGAGCAAUCUCAAUCGCAAUCACUCCGUAGAGCAGCCAACAAGAAACUCAGCAAUACAGAAUAUCAAAGCUGAUAGCUCCUCCAAACGUUCUUCAGAGCCCAACAAUGUAAUGGUAGGAUGCGACGAUGAGUUUGAAACCAUCAAGCGCAAGCUCAUUUCAGAUUCAGAAAACCUGGAAGUCAUCUCAAUCACAGGGAUGGGAGGCAUUGGCAAGACUACUUUAGCUCAAAGAGUCUACAAUGAUGAAGCCGUAAUUGCUUAUUUUGACAUUCUAGAAUGGACCACUGUAUCUCAGCAACACAAUCUUAGAGAAAUGCUAUGUGGCCUUCUCGGUUCUAAUGACACCAACCAAGAUGUCUAUUAUCUAGCAAGUCAACUACGCAAAAAGUUGUUGGGUCAAAGGUAUCUCAUUGUCAUAGAUGAUAUAUGGAGCACUCAAGCAUGGGAUGACAUUCAUAGAUGUUUCUCAGAAGAUUUCAAUGGAAGUCGAAUAUUGCUGACUACACGGCUCAAACAGGUGGCUGACUAUGUUAGUUCUGCUGGUAACAAUCUUCAUUCCAUGCGAUUCUUAAAUUUCAAUGAAAGUUGGGAUUUAUUUUACAAGAAAGUAUUUGUAGAAAAAAAAAAUUUCCUCUUGAAUUUGAGAAAGUUGGUAGACUUAUUGUUGAAAAAUGCCAAGGAUUACCUCUAACAAUUAUAGUGGUUGCUGGGCUUCUUUCCUCCUCAUCCAACAAGCCAUCACUAAAUCAGUGGGAGGAUGUUGCAAAUUUGGAUCUAUUGCUUAAUACUGAUCCCGAAAAGAAACUUUCAAAAAUGCUCUCACUGAGUUACAAUAACUUGUCUCCGCAUUUGAAAGCUUGUUUUUUGUACUUUGGGGGUUUCCCAGAAGAUAUUGUGAUUAUAGCUAAAAAGUUGAUUAAGUUAUGGAUUGCAGAGGGAUUCUUAAAGUUAGAAUUGAAUAAAAGCAUGGAAAAAGUGGCAUAUGAUUACUUACAGGAUCUUGUGGACAGAGGUCUAGUUCAAGUUGAUAAGUGGAGUAGUUUUGGCAACAAAAUCAAGUAUUGUAAGGUCCAUGAUGUGCUGCAUAGCUUUAGCUUAAGAGAGGCUGAGAAGGAGAAGCUUUUGGGUGUUAUAAAUGAGAAUAAUAAUGUGCAUGAGCUUGGUGUUGGAUUAGCAGCAAGCAGCUUGGACCGAAAAGCUUGCCGUUGGGCCGUCAGUCGAUCAAGGUAUAUGACUUACACAUCCCAUGAAUGGCGUUCUUUUGUUCUUUUCUAUAUUUUCCUCGUAAUUCUGGCUUUAGUGCUUACGGCAAUUCCGUAAUACCUCCCUAUUCUAAACUGCUAAGGGUGUUGAGCAUAAGGUACCAUAUUCUAAAUUACCUACCAAAGGAAAUAGUGAAUCUUGUUCAUUUGAGAUACUUAGCCCUAAAGAUUAGUCUGGAAUCUAUAUUUACUAUUGAUUACCAGUGGCGGAAGCUUCGAUGCUUGCAAACUAUCAUUCUUGAUAGUCCUUGUGAUUCUUUUUCACCAAAUAAUAUUUUGGGUAUGCCACAAAUAAGGCAUGUUUAUUUCUCCCCCGGGAGUCUUGGGUACCUCGAUCUCCCAAAGUUGGUUCAAGGAAAUCUGCAAACUCUAUUUUGGUUGGGUCUACCUCUACGUUUGCAAACUGAGCCAGACUUCAAAGGGAUUCCGAACGUGAAGGAACUUGGGAUUCACUUAAUGGAUUAUGACCCUUAUUACAAAAUGCAUUCAAGUGAAAAACCUUGGGGUUUACUACCACAUAUUUCAAUGGAAGGUCUUCUCAAUUUGCAUCAGUUGGAGAACUUAAAAUUUGAAAGAGAUCAAUGGUUUCCGAAAUGUGACAGCAAAGUUCUAAAAGCUUUUCCACCAAAUCUCAAGAAGUUGACCCUUAGAAGAACAAAUUUUUCAUGGGAGGAUAUGGCCAUUAUUAACACAUUGCCUAACCUUGAGGUUCUAAAAUUGAGAGGGGAUGCUUUCUGUGGCCCAGAGUGGAAAGCAACAGGAAAUGGCUUCUGCAAAUUAAAGUAUUUGCAAGUUACUGACCAUCCAACCCUCAAGCAUUGGAGUGUGGAUGCUGAUCAUUUCCCCAUUCUUGAACGCAUAUCUCUUCAUUACUGUCCUCGUUUGGUGGAAUUUCCAACUGGUUUUGGUGACAUUAACACAUUACAGUUAAUUGAAUUAAUGGAUUGUCCCUCCCGCCUUGUGGCUUCUGUUAAAAGUUUUCAAGAAGAGUGGCGAGAUCUUGGGAACGAUAAACUUGUUCUCCGUGAAUUUUAUACUCUCCCAAAGGAAAGUAUAGAUGAAGCUGAUUUUGCUUGAUGGAUGGAACCUGAUACCUCUAUUAAAUGGAGCGCAACCCCUACCCUAAUUGUGUUAUAGGUUGAAAUUGAGAUGUGAAGAUCAGAGGGUGACAAAACAGGUUGACUCGAUGUGAUUCUUUCUUGGUUACUUCUGCUAAACAAAUUUAUGAAGAGCAAUUGGAGUACCUUGGAUACACUAAACUUGUUAUACGUGAUUAUUGCACUCUUCCUUCUUGAAGCUCAGAGGAAUAGAGCAUCACACAUUUGAGCGUGGACGACAUGGGGUCAUUAUUCGGAUUCAGCAACAAAAACAUGAAACCAAACUUUAUAAUUUGUAUGGAUCGGAGCUACAUUCUGAUGUAAUAUAUAUGUGGGUAGUUGUGAAUGUUGUAUGUAUCCAACUUUUGUUGAAGUAGUUGAUGGACAGUAUAUUGUGCUCUCCCAGUGUGAAUCAAGCGAUACAAUUGUUGAAGUAGUUUGUAUUAUAUCUAAUAGACUAAUAGUCUAAUACACUACUGAAUCUUUUUAGUUUGACAUUCAGAAUUUUAAAGAGUAAUAUAAUUUUAGAGAAUAAA